GUGCUCCCGUCGGCUCAUUUUUAACUUUGGUUAUUCCGACACAUCGACAAGUCUGCUCCCCUUGCGAUCUAGCUGCACUGAUCUAGCUAGCCUUCGUGGCGAGAGUUCUUCUAUCUAGCUUGCGUUGCACCUCGUGUUUAAUGCUAUCGGUUGAAUUAUCCUUAACAUUUUAUUUUAAUUAUAUUUUUCAAUUAAAAAACAUGGAGGAUAUGUUUCCAGUUGAAAUAUGGAUGCAUAUAUUUGAGUGGAUAGAUCUAUCAAAAUUGAUGGAGCUAAGGUUAGUGAGCCGAUUUUUCUUCAACUUAAUAGAAUAUUUCCUCAACAAAUCACCAAAAUGGAAAGAAUUGGCGGAAUCAACCAUUAUGUUCGAGUUUGUGAAUUCGACAAAGCAGCGAGCUUAUCCCUAUUAUUUGGGGUCUAAUGACUCUAAUAUUAACGAUCCAAUACUGUGGCAAGGAACCUACUUAUCAUACAAAAAGUGGCAAAAGAUUCUGGGAAAAGAGCACGAGAAGGAUUUUAUCGUUCCAAUGUCAAGUUGUAGUAGGAUUACAUGCAUCAGUACUUUUGAUAAAUACAUUUCGAUUGGUUUGGAUGACGGUUUCAUAGAAAAUUACUCUACUGAUGACUUGAAGACGCCAUUUUAUAUAGCGAAUUGCAAUAUUUUUAUAAAACAAACAGCGUUUUGGUAUACUAAUGACCAAGUACUUGUUGUGAUUAUUGGGAAGGACAACACCUUAAAGUUUUUAGACCUUCAAAAUAAAGUAGAAAUUAGUACUCCCGGUUUCUUCGCUAAUUGCAUUAACUAUGGAGAAUGUCGACAUUUUUGUAUCGGCGAUAUGGAUGGGAUUCUAACAUGUUAUGAGAAAUUCGAAAACAAUAUAAUUGCUGGUCAAACACUUAAUUUAAAUUUAAGGGAAUUUGAAAUUCUGCUUAUCCAUUUUUCGGAUGGACAAACGAUCUCAGCAUUGACAUAUUAUAAUGGUACAACAAAAUUUCGUUAUUGCCAAAUAACAUUAGAAAGCGAACGUGUGUCUAGUAUUUUGCACUUCACUGGAACACUACCAGUUACUGUGCCAAGGGUAUUACGUUCUACUUUGAAAAAUAUAGUUGCUUUAUCAAAUGACUUUUACUUAGGAAUCGGGAAGAACAAAAUCGGAUCAACUCAUUAUUGUUAUGACAAAUGGUAUAGAAUUGUCUUAAUCAAAUACUUCGGAUGCUGUAUCACGUCGAUCAUGAUCCAUGCACAAAUUCUAAUAUUUGGUCUGGAAGAUGGUUCUAUUCACAUGCUUCAUUUUGACCAUUACAAUGACAUAUUAUCGUUGAAAAAGAAAAAAUUCAGAGACGCCAUAAAGAUCGAGGUGGACACCGUACCUAUUAUUAAAUUGAAUAUCUUAGAAACUGAUAAAAAACCUUGUAUUGUUGCAAGUACAGAAUCCAGAGUUCACUUAAUCAAUUUUUUCUAGACAAUUAAACAUUCGGAACUUUUAACUUUUGUUGUGAAAAUCACGAAUUGCUGUAUAAUCUGUGUUUAAUAAGGGAUUAUAGAGAAAAAUAUUCUUCACCAAAAAGUACUGAGAUAAUUUGUCGUUUAAUAAGCCUGAAAAAAGUUACAAGGUCUUCUCGGAUGAAAUGUACAAUUUAAACAAUAAAUUGAGUUUCAAUUCCUUA